GGAGCUCCGCGUGGUUGGGGCCGCAGCCACAGGCGGGGGGGGAGUGUCAGGGUCGUGGGUUCGAGUCCCCGUUCCGGGCAACGGUGCUGCUCCUUCUCACUACUCCCCUUUACCGACAGCAGAGCCGGGCCACGGCGGCCUCGGGCGGAUGGCGGGGCCGGAGCUUGGGCUGCUCUUCCAGCGGCACUUCCUGGCGGCACGGCGGCUCCGCGGCAUGCCCUGGGCGGAACUGGAGCAGCAGCUGACGGCCGCCCCGCAGCGCUCCCAGUCCUCCCUGCUCUUAGACAUCCUGCACCAGACCGUUCUCCACCCGCUCUGUGUGCGGUUUCCCCCGCCCGCCUCCUACAGACGCCGCUUCCUCACCGAGCUCAUUAAGCAGCACGAAUCCACGGCGGCCGACCCCCUGGAUGAGCUGUAUGAUGCGUUGGCACCUAUCUUAAAUGAGGAAGAAUCCACUCGCUGCUACAAAAGCUACAUACUGCCCUCUUUUCCAGGCUGCAGUACUGCUGUGAGCUGCAGCACGGUGCCUGUGCUGACAUCUCUCUCCCCCACGUGUGACCUCCAGCCCUCAGGAGAAGCCGUGACCCUUUCUGAGAGUGUGGCCAUUAUCUCGCAGGGAACCACAGGGCUCAUCACAUGGGAUGCUGCUCUGCAUCUCGCUGAGUGGGCAAUGGAGAACCCCAAGGUUUUCACUAACAGGACAGUCUUGGAAUUAGGAAGUGGAGUCGGCUUCACUGGACUUGUGAUCUGCAAAACCUGCAAUCCCAAGACAUACGUGUUCAGCGACUGCCACCACGGUGUCCUCAAACAGCUGACAGAAAACAUCCGUUUGAAUGGCUUUACCCUGGAGCCUGAAACUACAAAUCCAGCCCAAGGGCAGGAGGCAGAAGGGCAGGAAUAUCAGCAGCCCAAACUCCUUGUUGCAGAGCUCGACUGGGGUUCAGUAACAGAACAGCAACUGCUGGCUCUGCACGCAGAUGUCGUCAUUGCAGCAGAUGUGGUGUAUGAUCCAGAGGUAACCUUAGCCCUUAUUGGCGUGCUACAGAAGUUCUCCUCUUCAAGAGCAGAUAGAAAACCUGACAUCUAUGUUGCUUUGACAGUCCGUAACGCAGACACUUACCACGUGUUCCAGGCUGAACUCGGUCUGCAUAUUUGCAAAAUGGCAACGUGUGCCACCCCAGAACAACAUGAGUAAUGCCUGCAGGCUGUGCAGUGUCACAGGAUCACUUGAUGCUGCAGGAACACCUCUGCUCUGCAGUGCUGACAAAAAUCACAGCUCGAUUUGCAUUCCUCUCACCCAUUUCCCUUUUGCAAGAUGAAGAAUUUAGCUUACCUGCUUUGAAAGUUCACAUAAUCCAUUGCCAGUUUGCCACUGGGCAGUGUUAAUCCUGAAGCAGAACUGAAUAGGUUAUUUUCUCCUCCAUCAACCUGCAUUUCUAGACGUUGUUUUAGAAGCUACUUUAAGGAAAUGAAGAAAUACAUUCAGUUCCUCCUUCUGCAGUGAUUGAGAGAAUACAAAUGACAGGUAAUUGAAGAAACAUUCGAGCUGAAGAAGCCCACGACUGCUGGAAUUAAGCUGGACAUACAGAAGUAACCUGACCAGAUUUUAUUUUUAUUUUAGCUGCUCCUCCCUGAGAAGGAAGAAUUGGAGUUAAUGCACACCAGAAGCCCUCAUGAAGCCCUGCUGCACUAGAAGCAGCAGCUUCUUUUAUCUUCCCUGCUACAAAAGCCCUCGUGUCACUACGUUCUGUAAGGCUAGAUGGCUCAUAUUGGAUCUAACCAAAUUUAUUACAGGGAGACAAAGCUCAAGCUUUCACCAGCAUCACUCUGUACGACAGAGAAAUGCUUAAUUUACCUCCAUGUGCAUCACUGGUUAAAGGGGACUGCUGUGACAGGGACAGGAAUUUGCUGGAAAACAGUAGAGGAAAACAAUCACAGAUAAAUCUCUAUGGAUCAUUUGAGUUGGUCAAGCUGCCAACCCCCUACAGGAAGCAACUUUUGGUCAUCUUCCCCCAGUGGAACUAAAUCACUCCUUGCAAGUCUGUCUACCACGGUGGAAGAGAAAGGUCACAUUUGCAAAUGACUGCCUGGAAAAGCAGGUAUGACAUGAUAUUAAACUCUGUAAGCUGGUUUAGAAACACUGCUGCAGAAUCCAUUGCAACAACACAGCACUGCUGAACCAGGGGCUGUGAAGAGAGCCAAGCAGGCAGCAGCUCUAUGCUAAAACCAAGCAUGUUUAUUCCUUAAACAGCUGCCUUCUGUUUUGAAAAGAUGGUUUUGAGAAAGCAUCCUGUAAGCAUUGGGUCUGCAUGAGAAUGUGAACAAGGAGGGGAAAAAAAACCAUGAAGGCUACACCAGGGUGACUGCUCAGAAAGUGAAGUGCACUGUCAUCACAUCCCUCAUACUUCAAUCUCUUUUCCUUUUCUGUUCUAUUGAAAUAACACAUAAGAUGCAUUCCUUUCUCGAGGGAAAGGGGCGCCUUUACUUCAGUAUGUGGGCACAGCAGUCACUGAAAGGUGUGUUUUCCUCUCAGUGUUGAAUAAAGCUGUCCCAUAGCAGCAGCUGGGAUGCUGUAUCUUGCAUACACUAUUAAAAAAAAAAGAGGAAAAAACCCUCUGAAAUUAAGUAGUUCUGUCUCAAUGUAAAAAAAUACAAGCAGAUACUCUGUACAUGGCUGGGGAAGACAAGCCAGGAAUGUUAACCAUAGGAAAAAAGAGAAAAAUGCUGUACCAUCAUUCCAAACAAAAACUCAAAUUCAACAGAAGUUUCCCACUUGCAGAAUAAAAUCACCAGGAAUGUGUUUCUUGUACAGGAGGUAAAACUGGUGCAGUUUAUACUUGUAUUCAAACACCUUCAGCCACAAGAAGCCUCCAGGCAGCCCCAUUAAACAGAAUUGGCACGUGAGUUCCUCCAGUCACUAAGCUUCCCAUGCUCUAGAGAUCCAUCCCCAGUCACACAGGCAGGCAGAUGGCAAGGAUCAGCCUC